CGGUGCACACUGAGUGAACUUUCACCCCUCCAACUGGUUUAUUGUUUUGACUUAACAGGUUCUAAAAGUGAUUCGACAGAAAGACAAUUUUAAAACAAUUAAGUACUCUUGAUGAUUUACUCAAACGCGUAACAUACGAUGUAAAUAAUGAGCGUGUCGACCAGAUACCGACGUGGCUGUUGACAAAGAUGCUUUCUCCUCCAUAAGCUAGCGUUAGCUGUCUGGCUAACGUAGCGUACGUAGCUUUGGAAACAACAUGACGACGAUGAGGAUUGGUGUGUAAGAGCGACCGACCAGACAUCGGAUCGCACCGAUUUCCUGCUUGUCUGACACAUAUUUCCAGGAUCAUCCUGUCUGUUGCAUCUGCAUAGCUUCAAAAACGGCUUUCUCAACCUUUGCGCAUCAGUAAUUCAAGUCCAAACGUCUUCGUAGUGUGGGACAUUUGCAUCACUUUGCUUCGAUGGGCGAGGAAAAGCCGGACACGCUCGACUUUGUGAAGGAUUUCCAGGAGUAUCUGAGCCAGCAGACUCAGCAUGUCAACAUGAUAUCAGGCUCUGUCAGUGGCGUCAAGGAGGAGGACGAGCUGCCACCAGACUGCAGUCAGAAUGGACUGGAUCACCCCUCAGUGGACAUGUCACUGGAGGACAGCUCGGGGAUCCUGGUGGAUGGUUUUGAGAGGACCUACGACGGCAAGCUCAAGUGCCGCUACUGCAACUAUGCAACCAGAGGCACUGCGAGACUCAUUGAGCACAUCCGAAUUCACACAGGAGAGAAACCUCAUCGCUGCCACCUCUGUCCAUUUGCUUCGGCCUACGAGCGCCACCUGGAGGCCCACAUGCGAUCGCACACAGGUGAGAAGCCUUAUAAAUGUGAGCUGUGCUCCUUCCGCUGCAGCGAUCGUAGCAACUUGUCGCACCAUCGCCGUCGACGCCACAAACUCCUGCCAAUGAAAGGUGCUCGCUCGCUUUCCCACAAGAAGAUGUUGAGUGUUUUACAGAAAAAGGCCAGCUCGCUGGGCUACGGCCGUCGACUCCUCAUCAACUUUACCCCCCCUUCUAUGGUGGUGCACAAGGCGGAAAAUGUGAACGACUUCUCGCAUGAGCUGCCCCACUUACGCCAGGAGACGUACGAUAGUCAGGGUCAUGCAGUGGAGGACGGGCACUUGACAAAUCACCAUCACCAUGAUAUGGUUAUGGAUAACCCCCUGAACCAGCUGUCCACCCUGGCAGGCCAGUUGGCCAGCCUCCCUUCUGAGUCCCAGGACCAGACUCAGCCUCAGCCUCAGCCUCCUAUGUCUCCAGGAGCAGAGUCUAUCGUAGAUGAGAAGCCCUUCCUCAUCCAGCAGCCCCACCCUGCCCCAGCUCCCGUGGCUGUGUCUGCCAGCAUGGUCCAUGCUUCCUCCUCUUCCCCAAUCAGCCCGGAGUCCCGGGCUCCUCCCCACAGCAGUUGCAGCCCUGGAAGGGGACCCUGCAGCGAGCACAGUGGGCGCACCAGUACCCCGAGUAUCUCCAACAGCCAACCCAGUACACCGGCCCCAGGCCUGUCCAUCCCACUCCAGGACCCCCACAUGCUGCAUCACUGCCAGCACUGUGACAUCUACUUCCCCGACAACAUCCUCUACACCAUCCACAUGGGCUGCCAUGGCUACGAGAACCCAUUCCAGUGCAACAUCUGCGGCCACAAGUGCAAGAGCAAGUACGACUUUGCCUGCCACUUCGCCCGCGGGCAGCACAAGUGAUGGAUGACUGAGGAAAACUUUGAAAGAACUUUUAACAGGACAGUUUUGUUUUAUUAAUUCCAUAGUCAUUUUAUUUAUUGGUCUUUUACUUGGCCUUGAUGUAGCCUAGCCUUUGAAAGUUGUAUAAUGUCAACAUUCAGAUGGUUUAAUGUGUAAUUAAAGGUGCCCAUUCAAGUGUAUUAUAAAGGGAUGAUCAGUGUUUUCAACAGGUUGAGAAUUUAUUUGUGGUGUGAUAAAUCAGAAAAACAAAUUCCCUACUUGGCCAAAUUCAUUAACCUUAUUUAAUGCAGCAAUUUAUCAAGUUAGACAUAGCUCAGAAAUGUACUGCUGUUGAUAUGUUGAAGCUUCUCUUCAGUACGUGAGCUAAAAAAGACAGACAACAGGUGAUAACACUCCUGCUGUUCACACAGCGACUCUCACCCUCAACAGUGUGUCCCUUUAGAAAAAUACAAAAAGAGAAGAAACUAAAUGAGUUCUCAACCUCCCUAGAAUGUUUAAAUUUGGCUCUGAUGACACUGAUGCCGGACUGAUCUUACUUUAGCCUUGUUGAAAUUAUUUCAGUGCUUGGUGCAUUACUACUAUUCUUUUGCAGUGCCUGACAUAGUCACUUUCUUGUGUGCCCACGAUAUAAUGGACUGUUACUUUUGAAGAUUAAUAGAUGUUAUUAAAAUAUCCUCUUCUUGCUGUGAUGAAUAGGCCCAGAACCUUAGAAAAAGAGUUUGGCCAUUGUAGUUUUCUAUGGUAGCCAUUCUUUUUUUUUUUUUUUUCUUUUUUUUUUUUUUUUUGGCCAAAAUUCUGCUCCAUGAAUGCUGCUAAGACACUUUGGAAUCUAAAAUAUGUGGACGGCGUCUAGCCGGCCAAACGUAUCGGUGGUUUUAGGUCAGUCGGUUAAGUUGUCGAACUAGAUUUAGUAGGAGUUGGGUUGUUGUUGACGUUCCUUCACUCAGUGCCCUUCCUUGACCAGCAUCAUGGUAACUUCACGUGUUUUGGUUGAACGGGUUUCUUAUCCUUUUUAAUCACAUCGUGUCACCUUCUGAUGUUUUGAUAUUGUACGAAGUCACUUUGAUAUCCCGUGUCUGUGUGUUUAGGACAGAAUCAUCCCGUCUUGUGUCUCAUGUGUCUCACGUAGCACCGGGGAUGCCACGUUUUUUUUCUGCCUUUCGUGAUAACACACACGCUGAGAUUCCCCCGUUCAUCAAAUGGAUCCCAGUGGUUUUCUGACUAUUUACCGAGUAUUGUAUUCUGAGUUGUUGGAUAGAUGUUCAGUGUCAAAAAAAAAAAAGAAGCAAACUCAUGUCGCAGUAAGACUGCUACUUUAGCAAGAGAUUGUUCUUCGUCUUGGGUACUGUUGUUUGUUGCUUAGCAACAUGCGUGGAGAACAUUGUCACUGUUUUGUUUUUUAGGACCAUCUCCUUGUUGCCAUGCUAACCAGUAACAAGGGGCAUCCCAGUAACGACUGCCUUAUGUUCUCUCUGUGUGUGUCGUAGGGUCAUGAUGGCGAUCACUCGCUCCCUCUGGGUUGGCAAAUCAUUUCAUUGUGAGAUGGAUUAAUCUUACUAAUUUAUAAGUAAAGUGUUUUCUAAC